GUGGGCAGGCAGGGGGCAGGUCAGGAUGUGUGCUCUCCACCGGAGGACGGCUCCUCGUCUCACUGCGUCUGGAUUUCAGGCUCGACGAGCAGCAAGGAACUUAAAAAAAAAAAACUUCGCCGGUAACGUUUGUGACCAGAGAUUUUGCGAGCGGAUCGGUAUCAGUCCCGCUGUGACGGACAGAGGAGGACCGGGUCCGGUUCUCGGCACUGAAACGGUUUACGGCCAACAUGGAUGAUUUAGAUGCGCUGUUGGCGGACCUUGAGUCCACAACGUCCCACAUUUCCAAGCUUCCACUGUUCCUGUCUGAAGACACAGCUUACUCCCUCCCUGUAGACAGUCAGAUCCAGCCAGACAUCUGCUCUCCACCUCCUGUCCUCCCCACUGCCACUGAGCAAACCCAGAAUGGUCUAGAAGAAACAGAAUCCACAGACUGUGCUCAGAGAAGCCCUUGGUCUGCAGAUAGCAGCAGUGCACAACAGCCUCAAGGGGAAGAGGACCACGUUUACAGUUUCCCCAAUAAGCAGAAGGGCAGCGAGUCAGCUGAUGGUGCGAUGAAUUCAUCCUUGGGCAGCAACCUGUCAGAGCUGGACCGUCUUCUGUUGGAGCUCAAUGCUGUUCAGCAAAGCACUCCUACUUUCUUCACAGAGGAAGAGGCGCCUCCACCCCUGCCUGCCAGCAGCAUCAUCCAUGGUGUCCAGGAGAAUGGAUUCUCUACUACAAACAAAGUGGCUCCACCUGUGUUGGAGAAGCCAAAACGCAGUGCAACACCUCGAGGAAUAGAAGAUGUACGACCGAGUGUGGAGAGCCUGCUGGAUGAGCUGGAAAGUUCUGUGCCAACACCCAUACCGACACCUUUAUUGGUGACAGAUGAUCAAACUGAAGGACAAGUGGAAGCCCUAGCACCACAGCAUGCCAGAAUGUCUGCUUCCUCGGCUACACGGGAGCUAGAUGAGCUCAUGGCCUCCCUGUCUGACUUCAAAGUCCAAAGCAAUCCUGGGUCUCAGUUGUCUAUAAAUCAGGAGGCAAGAGACCCUUCAUUAAUAGAUGGCUCUUCAUUCAUCCAACAAGAAACUGCCACUUCCACAAAUCUUGUUAGUCCAGUUGAUGUUCUUCUGCCCUCUCAUUGUUCUACACCACCCUGCACUUCUCUUCCACUUGAACUCCACAUAGAUGAAAAUGAUUAUUCUGGUCUUAACACCAUUCCUACAUCUUCAGCUGUAGUGAUCACAUCAUCGAAAAGUCCUCAGUACUCUGAGAACCAACCAAAGAUUGAUGGUGGCAGUGUUGCUUUUGAGAUCUAUCAUGUUGAGAGCAUCAGUGUGUCUGCCACCUUGAAGCCCCUUAAUCAAACAAAAGUCAAUAUUCCCACACAUAUGACAGUCACAAAAGUAUCAAGUCCAUUUAUAAGUAGCUUAGGUACAAUUACAAAUGACAGAGGUUCCAGCCCAGUAUCUGUAACCAGAAGCCCAAGUCAAGGGGUGGUUUCCAAGAGCCCUAGUCCUGAUUCUCUAUGCAAAACCACCAGUCCAGUUCUGACAGCUAAAUAUUCUACUCCAUCUUACAUUAAAUGCUCAAGUCUAAGCCAGACUCAUACGAAUGCAAGCCCAGUCCCAAAAAGCUACAAUCCAGUAGCGAUUGGUCAUGCUCCAGAAGCAACUACAAAUACUAAUAGUGCCAUUCAAACAACUAGAGAAAAGGCACCAGCACCUGGGACUGCACGAACAAGUUGUAUGCUUUCAAGCCCGGUUUCAAAGAGUUCAAGGCCUGUGACAAUCCAAGCUAUUUCCAUCCCUGAAAGUGCUUCUACUCAAAUUGUUCCAAAGUGUGCUAGUCCUGUGACAGUUACAAGACUUUCAAGUACAGUGCCAAUGAUCCAGAGCCCUGUCACAAUGCCAAAUACGUCUAGUUCUUCAACUGUCUGUAAGAAUUCUAGUCCAGAAAUGGCCCAAAAGGAUGCUUGCCCAGUAAUACUUGCAAUACCAGCAAUGAUUUUAAAUGGUGAAACAUCAGUUCUUCAGAGUCCUGCUGCAGUCAUGAGAAAAACAAACUCAACUAGUCCCACAGCUUCACCAGUUAAUCUUGCUCUUGCAUCAACACAUAGACCCACUCCUCCUCAGGAAAAGCAGGGAGGGGAAGUUCUGGAUUUAACCUGGCCAUGCCGGGAGCCUUUAUUGGAUGAAGCCUUAAGCAAACUUUUAUACUAUACUCAACCAUUGCAUGUAGGGCAGCACGCUGGAGAACAGCAGCUACCUGCUUCCAUUAUGUCUGGAUAUGAGGAGAGAUCUUGGCAGGAGGAGGAUGGAAUUUACCCCGAGCUAAGCCAAGAGAGAAGCUUGACACCGAUGACUGAGUCCAGCUGGAUGGACGAGUGUCUCACUCCUUCCACCUGCCCUGGGACCCCAGAUGCAACGCUGGAUCUACCCAUUCAGCAGCCCUCUGCUGUCGAGCGGCUAUCUGCCUGUGGCCAACUCAAGUCGGUUAUUCGGCGCACCAAAGAAACCUCCAAUGUGCACCCAAUGUACAGAGAGGGCCUGUUGCGUCGUAAAAUGGGGCCGAUCAUUGUCAAUAAGAGCAACUCACAAGAUCGACUCAUCGAGGAAUUGCAGGGGAAACUGGGAAUUGGGCAAGUUGAGCGCCGGCGUAAACAGCAGCCAGGUGACUGGCUAACAGAAGGAGUUAUCGUCAUGUCCAAUCCACAGCGGUCACGUGAAGAAGGUGCACCACCAUCUGUGGAUAAGAUCCAGUCCCAGGGAAAGACUUCUCCCAUCAGCCCCCCAAAACCAGCCAACAAACUGGACAACAUGCUGGGAAGCCUGCAGUCAGACCUCAACAGGCUCGGAGUCCAGACUCUGGCGAAGGGAGUCUGUGGUGCCUGUAAGAAACCCAUCGUCGGACAGGUGGUAACAGCCAUGGGAAGGACGUGGCACCCUGAGCACUUUGUGUGCACUCAUUGCCAGGAGGAGAUCGGCUCCAGGAAUUUCUUUGAGCGUGAGGGACUGCCUUACUGUGAGAAAGACUACCACAGCCUGUUUUCCCCACGAUGCCACUACUGUAAUGGACCCAUACUGGAUAAAGUUGUGACUGCUUUAGACAAGACUUGGCAUCCAGAGCACUUCUUCUGUGCCCAGUGUGGAGCCUUCUUUGGACCAGAAGGUUUCCAUGAAAAAGAUGGUAAAGCAUACUGCAGAAAGGACUACUUUGACAUGUUUGCCCCUAAAUGUGGCGGCUGUGCUCGCGCCAUCCUGGAGAACUACAUCUCGGCUCUCAACUCUCUUUGGCACCCAGAAUGCUUCGUCUGCAGGGAGUGCUUCACACCUUUCAUAAACGGCAGCUUCUUUGAGCAUGACGGCCAGCCAUACUGCGAAUCACACUACCACGAGCGCCGCGGCUCCCUGUGCUCCGGCUGCCAGAAGCCAAUCACAGGCCGCUGCAUCACAGCCAUGGGCAAGAAGUUCCACCCAGAGCACUUUGUGUGUGCCUUCUGCCUCAAACAGCUGAACAAGGGAACCUUCAAGGAGCAGAACGACAAGCCCUACUGCCACGGCUGCUUCGUGAAACUCUUCAGUUAGAUGCCGCGAGCGUACGCAUGGGUUCAUGAGUCACAAUGUGCAUGCGGACACGUGUUUUCUCACCUGUCCGGUAUGCAUGUGUUUUAUGACGUGAGACUGAGAGUCCCUAUUGGUGAUGGUUUCUCUGCCUUUCGACUUUUGACACUGAAGGGACUUUUCUGGCUGGACAACCUCUCAGGCUUGUCUUUUACACUUUCGCUUAAGAUGAUAUUAACAAAGCCCAAAGAGAUUUUUUUUUCUUCUCAUGUGUAGCAAAGUAAAGUUGCUUUGAUCCUUUGUGUGUGGGCAGUGUUAACUCCCAACCAAACUGCAGGUUAAGAACUUGCACCCUGUGACCAGCCGAGGUUUAAAUAAGAUUCUUGAGUGAUUGCUGCUUUAAUUGCAUGGACUGUGGAAGCUCCGUUUAAGCUGUUUUGAAAAAUGUUGAGUGUUAGAUAUUUAGUGCUUGUCUGAUAAUCAAUAAAAAUAGAUGUAUUUUUGUAGAUUUGGAUAUUACUGAGGUGCCAUCGAAAAGAACACCACCAACAAAAAAAAAACAAAACAAAUCAUGCAUUCAGACACAGUGAAUUUGUCACUUCUUUACAGUGCUAUGUCAAACAGUUUGCACACAUUUCUCAGUGAGACCAUCUAAGGUGCAUUUUACAGGCUAGUGUGGUCAAGAUAUUUUUAGUUCCUAUUUUUCUACUAUUUUCUUAUGUGAAUAUGUCCAGAGGUGAAUGCGCUCCAUCAGUUACUGUAUUGAUAUUGAAACAUUACUCUGAUUUCUCCAGCAGUACUUUCACAGCUGGUCAUCACUUUUAUACCACAGAUCCUGCUUUCAAACAGGGAAGAAACAAUACACACAGAUCUCACUUACCCGUGCAGCACCUCGUUUCCUUUAUUCCUACUACGUAGUGUCAUUUGCAUAAAUAUUCAAUUAAACAAAAAACUGCAACUGAUAACAGAAAGUAGGCCACUGAGAAUAAUAUAUGCACUAACAUAAGAAUUAUUUCAGGUGGUUUGUUUGUUUUUCAAAACAUGCCAAAACAAUUCUCUUCAGCCCCGUUUGAAAGAGAUUUUAUACUGCUGUAUCCACGCACAUUCACAACACAGAACUAACUCAGAGAAAUUCUGUUGAGAAUGAGUUGUGGUGCAUUUUACAUUUUUCCAUAUUUUACUACUGUUGCAAAAGUAUCACUGUAUAAAUAGAGUAGGAUCAUUUUCCCUCAUGUCAGCUGAAUCAGGAUUUUAUUUUAGCUAUAAAUGAAAUAAAAGCCCUUUAACGUCAUAUGUUAUAUGCCAACAUGUAAAGUAGACACAUACUACACUGUGAAACCUAAGAAGUCAAACUCGAAAAGUUUGAGUAAUCUGAGGCAUCAAUAAUCAUUUUAAGUGAAAUAUACUUAGUGAUUAGUAUGGAAUGUGCUUAAUGUUUGUGCCUCACAUUGCCACAUCAACUAUACUAUAGAAAUACCGAUUGGCAACCACCCAAGGAAAUCACUGGUCCAUCUGCUCAUCUCCAAACUAAGCAUGUAUCUGCAGCAGCCAGGUGAAAUGUGGGCGUCCCUUUGGGAUCUUUCAAUUACUGGGGCUGUCAACACUGAGGCACCUGCACAAUGGCUCAGACCCAAAGAAAUGCCCCACGUGGACAGAUUGUUGAGUGAUAUUUCCUCAUGUGAUACUCCUUUCUCUUUGGAAGUGGGAGGAAGCCAGAAAACCUUAGGGAACCCACGUAAACACAGGGAGAACAUGCAAACGCCACACAGAAAAGCCCCAGGUGGGACACAAACCCACAACCUUCUUACUGUGUGAGUAUACCUCCUAACUUGGGAGGUAUAUUCACACAGUAAGAGUUCUUUAUCAGGUGAGUUGUAUUAUAGGAGAAAAGGCAAUGGAAGAAAUCUUUUUUAGAGAUGAGCACUGCUAACUGUGGCUUAGUGACAGGUUGAAGAAGAAGUUCUUAUUUAACGUGGGUAAAAAAAAAAAAAAGUUAAGUGAUUUAAGGUUGUGGGGGCAAGGGAGGUGGCCAAGUGAAGCGUCUGAUGCAGAUGGAAAAGCGCUAUAUGAAUACAGUCUAUUUAUUUGCCAUUUACACUACGGAAGGUUCCCAGUUCAAGGCCACCCCUGCCCAUUAUCCAUGUAAUAUGGAGUUGUGUCAGGGAGACAGUCUGGUAUAAAACUUGUGCCAAAUCAUCAUGCAGAUUCACCUCAGAUCUGCUGUGGCGUGAAUAACAAGGGAGAGGCCAAAGUUGAGGUUGUUAGUUUCUUUAAAAAAAAAAAAAAAAAAAAAAAAAA